CUUGAUUCAACUCGACUUUUGGCUUUUCCACUUUCUCUUCCUCUUCUCUCAGCACCUCGACUAGUUGUUCGCGGGACACCUCAUCAAUUGCGCUCCUCGGCGCUUCUCAUUGCAUAGGAGCCCUCGCGCCUAGCACCCGACACUGCAGCAGACCGGCUGCCCACUCUGCCCACUGCCCACAAGGCAGCUUCGUCGGCCAACGCCAUUCCCCCGACGCCCCAGGUGGAGGUUGAGCCCGACCACCACUUCGGCAUUGUCAACUCUCUCAUCAUCAACCCCAAAAUGUGGCCAUCCAGCCCCAACAAGCGCGUCUCGCCCACCUCGCACAACCACCCACCAUCGCAGAGGCAGAGGGUUGUCGCGCCUCCACAAGCCGGUAGCAGCUCGGCCACAGCUAUCAACCUCGCCUCCAGCGACGAGGAGAAUGAAGAAGUCGAGUAUGACGAGGACUUCUUCAUUGGCGAUGACGAUGACGAGGAGGAGGACAACAGUGUCCAGUACCUUGCCACGCCGAACAGUGGUCCGACCCACGCGGCCCAGAGUGCCGACGAGAACGACCAGAGUGACGACGAAUACGACUUUGACGACGACAAUGCCGACGGCUUCUCGCAGCACAGCUUUGGCGACGCCGACGGCGGCCACCUCGAGGCCCCUCUGGCCAUCGUCGGACAGGGCGGCCUCGACGACGAUAUCCAUGCCGCUCAAGCGAUGCUCGAGAAUACGGGCCAAUGUCUCAUCAGCGUCCGCCAUGGAGAGGUCGAGGCCGGUGGUAUCUCAACCUCGACGCUCCGCUCGACGCCAGGCUUCCCCAUGGGACUCCAGCUGUGUCAGACAGCACUCAACUUCUUCAGCGCGCGCUGGCACAACCGCGGCGAGAGCUUCCUCUCUGACCUCUGCCUGACUCUCAAGGACCGCCUCUACAACUCUGGCAACUACUGCAUGAUGUGCGACGCCGAGUUCACCCACCCAGGAGUCAAGCCAACCAUUUGCGGCAAGCAGCUGUGCGCCUACCAGCUCGAGACUCUGGGCCUUGGUGCCGACCUCAGCCUCUUCGACGUCGACCCGGCCGUCGCGGAUCUGCUCGUCACGUUCGCGACAGCUGCGUGUGUUGACACCGCCCGUCAGCAAGUCUCGCCAGUUCCCAUGCCAGUCGACCAUGACGACACUCCCUUCACUCCGGCCAGCAUCGUUAAAGUGCUCAACUCAAUCCCGGCAGCCGAGACCCUUAACCAGGCUGGGGAAGGUCGCAAGGCGCUGCUCGACGAGGCCGCUCCAUCUGCUGCUCGUGUUGCGGCGUGGCUAUUUGCUACCAACCGCGCGCACAUCGUCUCAGUGGAGCCAGAGCACCACAUCGAGGUUAUGAAGACGCCGCACCAGUUCCACAUUCACACUUCGACCCGACAGCACGCGGAAAAGUUUGCCAAGCUGCGCGCCGAGCACGGUAGCUUCUUUGCCUUCCACGGCUCGGGACUCAGCAACUGGCACAACAUUCUGCGACAGAACCUCAAGGUCGCGAGCAAGACUCCGAUGAUGAGCACCGGCGCUGCGUAUGGCGAAGGCAUCUACAUGGCAGCGGGCAGCUCGACAUCGGCUGGGUACAUGCGCAGUGCGGGCAGAGGCUGGAUUCACUCUGACUUUGGCCCCAUGCCUGUGUGCCUUGCGCUGGUCGAAGUCGCCAACUCGAGCCGCGUACACUGGCACCUCCAGAACCAGAUUGUGGUUGCCAACGACGAGAGCUGUGUGGUGCUGCACCACCUCUUUAUCUACAACAGCCACUCGGCCAUACCCCACGUCCUCGCCAAGGACGUUGUCAAGGUCAGGUUCAAAAACACAACGACUAUUGCCUAUGGGUCAAGCUAUGAGGAGGUCGAACGCGAGGGCAAGCUGCUCAUCACGAGUGACGAGUAUUUCUGGGACAUUGAGGAGGUUGUGGGAAUGAUCCAGGCCAAGCAUGGUCUAUUCAUCAACCCCUACAACCAGGUCCCGUUUGCCCCGGCCGACGUCAAGGCGAUUGUCAACCACCCGAGUGGCCACGGUCGCGUUCUGGAGCAGAUAGAGGUGGCCAACGCGGCGCUGCGCAACACGAUCCCAAGCUACGUGUACGGCCGCCUCCGUAUGGUGGGCGAAGUCUGCAUCCGCGACACCACGGACGACUUUGCGAGUGCCCACAGGGUGAUUGCGGAUCUCCACGAGUGGCUGCAGACUCUGCCCGCCAAUGUGAAGGACGCGUUGGCCCGCGCGCCGUUCGAGGCCGUCGACUCGCAUACGCGCCAGCCGUUCCGCGACACGGUGGCGCAUUCGGUCGAGCUCGUCGUGUCGGGCGGCGAGUGUGUGCACAGGUUUGGCGACUUCCUGAAGCAGGUGGCAGCGGGGAGGUGA